GAAAACACACAAUGCAACUUUUUCAAGCUCAAGCACAACAUCUCUUUCUUGCAACACACACUGACCACUGUUAGCUUCAGCCAUGUAAAGCAGGAACUUCACCCUCACAGGCUGAUACUUUGUCGCUUCACUUCCUCUUCUAUCGCGUUUAUCGGUUGAGACGUUGUAAACCCUGACACACACAGUGUGAGUUUUGGUUUUCCAGCAUAUUUCACAGAAAUGGACAACAGCCCUCAAGGAGGUAAAGCCUACGGUCUUCUGAAGUCUCAACAGGAGGAAAAACUCAACUCCAUCAAUGAGGCUUUUCUCUCAGACCAGAAGUAUGCAGAAGAGGAAGAUCUGGCUUCAAAACUUGAUUUGUUUAAAAACAAAUACAUGGAGUUUGAUCUCAACGACAAAGGAGAAAUAGAUAUGAUGGGGUUGAAACGUAUGCUGGAAAAACUUGGACUGACCAAGACACACCUAGAGCUGAAAAAGAUGAUGUCAGAAGUAGCUGGAGGUCCAUCAAAAGACACAAUCAGCUACAACGACUUCCUGAAUAUGAUGCUGGGGAAAAGAAAUGCAAUCCUAAAGCUGAUCUUGAUGUUUGAGGGGAUGGGGAAGGAGCAGGAGCAGAGAAGCACCGGUCCUCCUUCUCGCAAAACCUUUUCAGACCUCCCCUGAAGUCUCCGUCCCAGAUGAAAGACACGCUUGUGUUGUUCACAAGAUUUAAAAAUAACCCAUUUGUCGUCAGAACCGUGUGUUGUAAACUUUAUUAGGUAAACUUUAUUAGGUAAAAAGUGUGUCCCUUAGGUGCCAAAGCUGCAAAAAUACAAUCUUAAAAAGUCAAAGGUGAGAGCUAAAUGGAGGAAGUUUCAGACCCCAGCCCUACAUUCUCUGUUGUUAUUCACAUAUAUUAGAACUGAUUAAAAAGGAGAAAGUGGAAUGAAA